GCCUAAUAUUGACUAUCGUUGGUUAAUUCAGUGUUCCCCGGCUGAUCACAGCAACGUAUGCUCUUACAUCAUUCUCAAAGCAUGGUUGUACAUUCGGGUUACAUUUGUCAAUGGCGAUUAAAUGACUAAAUUAACAACUUACAGUAUCACUGAUGGUUUCCUGUUGAAGAUAGCGGCCGCUACUGCUCCUUGCCCUCAAAAAUGUGUUAUCAAGGUGGAGUUUGGAUCUGGUGACCCCACUUGUUGCUUAUGUUACACGUUAUGUAAAAGGUACAAUCGCUAAUAAAAUGUGUACUAUUAGGACGAUUGAUCACCAUUGCAGACAACAGAGGCUAUCUGAGUAGCGUCAGCUAUAAAUUAACUCAAUCAACUGGAUCUUCUGAGCUAUAUAAACGAACUUGACCUCCAGGGAUGACAGUGCAUUUUUCACCAUGUACCCUAGAGAGAGAGAGAGAGACAAGACAUUGGAAACUGCCCAAAUAAACAAACGUAUUUUGCCUUGAAAGAUAUGUUUGAAUGUACGCACAUUAUCUUAAUGUACUGUGGACAUAACCAAAAUAUUUCACUGUGAACUUUAAACAUGGCUUGUUAGCUCAGGUUACAGACCUACUAAGUCUUGAUUGAUGGAAAUGUGUUGUGUUCCAGGGCUCAUGUUGAAUGUGCUCAGUCCUGUUCCUAGUGGGGUAAAAAUGGUCACUUUGUCUCUCUGGGCAUGGACAUGACCUGAAUGGGCAUAUUGUGCGAAAAGGCCAACUCACCUGCAGUGGAGGAUAAGAAAGCCCCAUGCCCAGGACUGGGCCUGUUCUAUGCUCUGCUAGCCUCCAUGUUCUUCUCCGUCGUGGCCCUCCUUGUCAAGAAGAUCGAGGGAGUGCACGCUGUGGAGAUCAGUGCCAUUCGCUGCUUCUUCCAGAUGGUGUUUGUCAUACCACUGAUGAUCUACUACAACACGGGUUUCCUGGGUCCCCGGGACAUGCGCAUCUACCUGCUGCUGCGCGGCUUCCUGGGCUCCAGCGCCAUGAUCCUGCUCUUCUACGCCGUGCAGCAGAUGCCCCUGGCCGACGCCACCGUCAUCAUGUUCAGCAACCCCGUCUUCACCGCCAUCCUGGCCUGGAUCUUCCUCAAGGAGCGCUGCACCAUCUGGGACGUGGUCUUCACGGCGUUCACGCUCACCGGCGUGGUGCUCAUCGCGCGGCCGCCCUUCCUGUUCGGCGAGCGCGUGGCCGGCCUGGAGGGCGACUACAACAACCACAUCAAGGGCACGAUCGCGGCCUUCGCAGGGGCGGUGGGCGCCGCCUGCACCAUGGUGAUCCUGCGCAAGAUGGGCAAGAGCGUGCACUACUACUUGUCGGUGUGGUACUACGCCGUCAUGGGGCUGGCCGAGUGCGUGGUGGCGCUCUUCGUGCUCGGCGAGUGGAGCUUGCCGACGUGCGGCGUCGACCGCUGGCUCAUGAUGCUCAUCGCCGUGCUCGGCAUAGCCGGCCAGACGUUCCUCAUCAAGGCGCUACAGGUGGAGAAGGCCGGGCCGGUGGCGCUCAUGCGGACAACAGACGUGCUGCUGGCCUUCAUCUUCCAGUUCCUCUUCCUCAACCGCAAGCCCACCUGGUGGAGUCUAGGGGGCGCUCUGUGUGUGGUCAGCAGCACCAGUGGCGUGGCAUUGAGGAAGUGGGUCAGCAGUGGCAGGAAGACCUGAUGCCAACAUUCUUUGGACACUUUUUACAUCACAACUCCUGUGUCUCUCUGUUCCAUUUGAUUCUGCUACAGAAAAGAUCACCAACACUUGUCUGAACCAAAGAGGCAAUAGAGAGAAACUAUACGUUACUGUUUACUGGUCUAUAGAAUAAAUCAAAUAGCCUACUCUGCUCUGCGCACAUUUUAAAGUAAGCACUUUGUAGUCCUCAGUCAGUAAUUUUACUCUAAUAUUUCAAACCAAUCAGGUAAUCCCUUACUGAUAUUUUUAUAUAUGAAAUGGGACCGCUUUUUAGUGAACUGUGUGAUUGAUUGAGACUUUGUUUUAAGAGAGAGAGAGAGCGAGAGAGAGAGAGAUCUUGAAUUACAUCGUUUGCACUUUUCUUACCGUUUACUGUCUAGAGAAGAUAUUCAGGUCAGCUGCUCUGCUUGGUAAUCAAACAGGAAUAAGUUUGGUGCACACACCAUCGUGGCCUUAGCUUCUUGGCAGCAAUAAGAAUCUGUUGCACUUAGCUUCUGCAAAGCUGGGUCUGUCUUCUCAACCAGUGCCAAGGUUUCUAAGCACAACUUUUAACAUUGUAUUAUGUCCUUACUCUGUUCUGAAAACAUUAGGGAUAUUUAUUGUAGCUUAUUUCAUAUUUUUACUGCUUUUUUGCCAUCAGCAUUAUCAUGUAUUGAAAAAUAUAGAGCUUGAAUUAAUUUAGAUAGCCAGGGCACAACAUGUGCUGAUGACAGAAAUGAACUGAAACACCCCACUCCUUUUGGUGUGUCUAGGUUGGAUGUGUGUCCUAUUUCUGAUUGGACAUGGAAAACAGUGGUCACCUGUGAUAGGUCAGUCAGUCAGCCAAGGUCAGUUCCGUUGGGGCAUUGCUUUAUACCUCAAAAACAAGAUGAAAAAGUUGUACAGCACACUAUUUAUAUGAGUCACAGGAUCGAGUAUUUAUUGAGAGUAACAUUGAUUUGUCCAAAGUGAUAAACAAUACUUGGACCUGUGAAUGUGUCAUAUGACUGUAUAUGAGUAACAGUGUUGAAGGUGCCGCUUCAUUGGAUCUUAGCAUUGCUCUGAUCUUUCUUGCUGACGUAUGGUGAACCAAUGACUCAUUUUCAUGUUGCCUUGAAGAUCAUGCUGUAACAUUUUCAAUCUCAAAUCCAUCCAUCUACUACAGUAUGUACAUUCUUAUUUAUUUUCAUUUUAAUUAAAAAAUGUCUGCAGUUAAAUUUAAA